AUGCAGCCCGACUUCCUGGCGUUAAUCUUUCUGUGCGUACAUUGCGGAACAAGUGCACUGGCUGUCACCGUCACCGCUGCGCCCUCCUCCGCUCUGCUCGCGGCCAAUUUUAGCAGAAUGGACGCCGGGAUGGACGGCACCUCUUCUUCGAAAAGCAGGAGGAAGCGUUACAUUAGUCAGACCGACAUGGUGGCCAUUCUUGAUUACCACAACAAAGUGAGGGGCAAGGUGUUCCCCCCGGCGUCUAACAUGGAAUACAUGGUAUGGGAUGAUAGUCUGGCCAAGUCAGCUGAGAACUGGGCCCACGCCUGCAUGUGGGAACACGGUCCGUCUCACCUCCUCAGGUUUCUGGGUCAGAACCUCUCCGUCAGGACAGGACGUUAUCGUUCCAUUCUUCAGCUUGUGAAGCCGUGGUACGACGAGGUCAAAGAUUACUCCUUUCCGUACCCCCGCGACUGCAACCCUCGAUGCCCGCUCAGAUGCCACGGUCCCAUGUGCACCCAUUAUACACAGAUGGUGUGGGCGACCUCCAACAAAGUGGGCUGUGCCGUUCACACGUGCCACAAUAUGAACGUUUGGGGUUCCAUUUGGAAACGGGCGACGUAUUUAGUCUGCAACUACUCGCCAAAGGGUAACUGGAUUGGAGAGGCUCCCUACAAAGUGGGGGUCCCCUGCUCCGCCUGUCCUCCCAGUUACGGCGGCUCGUGCAGCAACAACAUGUGCUUCCCCGCUAUGAAGACAAACUACCUGCACUGGUUCAAAUAA